AUGAAAUUAAGAAUAUUCUAUUGUUGGUUUCUAUAUGUAAGUCUUAAGCUUCACAUAGUUAAAGGCUCUCUAGACGAUAGUUUAUCACAACAUAAUCGCACCAAAAGAGCACCAAUACCCUGGUUGAUAUAUCCCCAAACAUCACCCACACGUGUUAUGUUCAUUGGCGGUAUUGGUAUACCCCUUGAGGAUCUCAACUAUGAAGCUGUAACAACUGGCUAUGUGUUGAAGGCGGAACAUUGGUUGCCCACUACGCCGGAUGAUCUACGAACACCGACAGCUUUACCAAUCAAUCAAGUGCCCACAGCUGGUGUUACCGGAGCCCGGAAACAUCGUCCGAUGUUUGAGAAUUUUCUUGUCGGUGUCGAUGAGUUGGGUAAAAACACAAGGAAACUUUUGACAAGAACAAAUAAAGUAUUGAGCAGCUAUCGUUGGGCUGCCUACAAGGGUUUGGAGGGCUUGGCCAAUCGUUUGGGCUAUCAGGGACGAAUUUGUGUGCUGAAAAGCAUUUGUGAGGCAGCCGAAGAACCCUUUCAUUAUGCCAAUGGACUAUUUGCGGAUAUAUUACAUAUAUUUCUAACGCCAUCAUCUUCAGUGGAUAAACUAUCAGAGCAUGCGGAUCAGGAAUAUUAUUAUGCUGAGAAUGUUGGAAAAUCUGGUGCUGGUUGCCAUCAGGUUUUCCGUGAGUGUCGUCUCAGUCUUUUACAACAUUUUAGUGAGCUGCAUGAUAAUCUAGAUGAAUUCUUAAUAAACCAAAAGUUUUAA